AUGAUACAUAGUAGAGAGAUGUCAAACAAGGACCUUGAAAAUGAGUUUGAUGAUAAAGCUUAUUGGCCAAAGCCCAUUGAAGACCAUUUUAUUCAUCUACUGUAUGAAGAGGCAAAAAAAGGCUUGCAAACCAAUAAUUUAGAUAAGACUGAGUGGGCUGGUAUAGAAAAGCAGUUGUUUGACAAGUUUGGGAAGAGAUACAGUCGUGACAAAUUGAGGCAGAAAUAUAACCGAUUGCGCAAGAUUCACCGUGAGUUUACAAAGCUCAUUUCUCAUACCGGGAUGGGUUGGGACCCAAACACGAACACCGUUCAAGCAUCGGAAGAAAUUUGGGCAUCCUAUCUCAAGAAAAACAAGUUUGCAAGCCGUUUUCGUAGCAAAGGAUGUCCUCACUAUGAUUUGCUUGGUUUGAUUUUCAACUACACCACUGCCUCUGGACAAAUGCAAUGCGCAUCUACUCAUUCUCCUCCAGAUUCUGAUGCUGAAAGAGAGCUAGAAAAUGAUUUUCUUACCAAUGGUGCACAUGUAGGUCUUAAUCCAGAAAGUGGUUCAAGAGGUUUUAGUGAGGGAGAUGAAGGAACUAGCAACAAGAACAAGCGUGCUGCUCUAUUUCCCCAGAGUGAUCUUCCCUCAAGGUUAAAGUCAUCUAAAUCAACCAAAAUUGAUGAAACCAUUGAAGCUUGGGCAAAGUCUCUUAAUAGCAAGAUUGAAGUUUCAUUGGCAAAGCUUACGCGUAAGAGUGAAAAGGAAGUGGCCUUUCCAUAUAAAGAAUUGGGCUCCAUUGAGGAUUGUAUGGAAAUAUUGGAGGCCAUGGAGGGAGUGAAUGAUGAUGCUUAUGUGAAAGCUUUGGAUAAGUUUACUAGUUCAGAUUGGAGGAGGAUGUUCGUGAAGAUGUCGGAUUCCAGGAGAAGAGUGUGGCUCAAAACCCUAAAGUGA